GCGGCCCGGGGAGAAGACGUAUACUCAGCGUUGCCGGUUGUUUGUUGGGAACUUGCCUGCUGAUAUAACAGACGAAGACUUUAAAAGACUGUUCGCCAAGUAUGGGGAGCCGGGAGAGGUUUUUAUCAACAAGGGGAAAGGCUUCGGAUUCAUUAAAUUGGAAUCUAGAGCUCUUGCAGAAAUUGCGAAGGCAGAACUGGAUGAUACCCCCAUGCGGGGCCGCCAGCUUCGUGUUCGGUUUGCCACACAUGCUGCUGCUCUUUCAGUGCGCAAUCUUUCACCCUAUGUGUCCAACGAGUUGCUGGAGGAAGCUUUUUCCCAGGUUGGGGCUGUGGAGAGAGCGGUGUUUUUAGAUGAUCGAGGUAGAUCAACAGGAAAAGGCAUUGUUGAAUUUGCGUCAAAGCCAGCUGCCAGAAAAGCCUUUGAACGGUGUACUGAAGGAGUGUUUUUGUUGACAACCACUCCUAGGCCAGUUAUUGUGGAACCGUUGGAACAACUGGAUGAUGAAGACGGUCUUCCAGAAAAGCUUGCUCAGAAGAAUCCAAUGUAUCAAAAACUUAACCUGAAUGAGCAUCUGGAAAGAGAGACUCCUCCCCGUUUUGCUCAGCCUGGCAGUUUUGAAUUUGAGUAUUCGCAGAGGUGGAAAUCUUUAGAUGAAAUGGAAAAACAGCAGAGAGACCAAGUGGCAAAAAACAUGAAGGAUGCCAAGGACAAACUUGAAAGUGAGAUGGAAGAUGCUUAUCACGAGCAUCAGGCAAACCUCUUGCGUCAAGACCUUAUGAGGCGUCAGGAAGAGCUGAGGCGUAUGGAAGAACUCCAUAAUCAAGAAAUGCAGAAACGCAAGGAAAUUCAGCUGAGGCAGGAGGAGGAGCGGCGCAGGCGGGAAGAGGAAAUGAUGAUACGUCAGCGGGAGAUGGAAGAACAAAUGAGAAGACAGAGGGAAGAGAAUUACAGUAGAAUGGGUUACAUGGAUCCAAGGGAGAGAGACAUGAGAAUGGGUGGUGCCACCACAAUGAACAUGGGAGAUCCUUAUGCUUCUGCAGCCCAGAAAUUUCCACCUCUCGGAGGUGGUGGCGGCAUAGGUUAUGAAGCUAAUCCAGGAGUUGGCCAAGCAGCCAUGAGUGGUUCUAUGAUGGGAAGUGACAUGGUGAAGAUGAAAGCUGAGUGAAACCGGAGUGCUCAUCCA